AUGCCUCCCCUGCCAGAUCUGCCGCCUCGUCCCAAUGGAGGCGGAGGCGGUAGCGCCAGACCGCAGCUCCGCGGGGCCCAAACCGAAGAUUUCAAUCACCAUCAGGCUGGGCCUUCCGGGGACCUGUCCGUCGAUGAACAGACUGCCGUUCUUCAGGCCAUGAAUCUUGAGUCGCCUCCGGGGUAUGUCGAGUCCCCUGGUAGCUAUGCCACCGACCCCGGCCGCCAGGGGACAGGCCUCCCGUCAAGUGCAUCGGCUCCGACGGCUCCCUCCAAGGAAAAGUCAAGUGCCCUACAGGCCAAGCUCAAGACCGCAUUGCAAGAGGCCAAGUACCUUGCGGGAGGUCUCAUGAGCCACCCGUACGAGUCUACCAAACAUUAUACCAUGUUACGCCACUCCCACGGUCUGGUCUACUACAGUGGCCCUUACACGAACUUGGCCAUCACCAUCUUCUCCGACCGAGAAUUACCGGCAGAUCGGACGUUGUGGUUGCAGCGAAAGGGGUUUUCCGGCAAGACUGGGCUCAAAGUGGGCGCUCUCAUGGGCGCCCGAAGUACCUGGAUAGACGUGACUCCGACCAUCAGGGCCACGCCGGAUCAACUCAAUCCCAACGACGAGCGUGCAUGGCAAAGGGACAUCAAGAAGUUCCUGAAGCACGCCCCCAAAGACAUUCAGAGCCACCGUGUACGCGAGACCGACAUCCUCCGGAUCCCCAGUGACGCCGAUGACGGCUACCUCCGGGUGGUUCUGUGCACUGCCCAAGGCAAGAAAGUGCUUUGUGGAAGUCCCAUUUUUAGGCUCGCGUCGUCGUCGACCGACGUCAGCUCCCUUAGAGGAGCCUCGCUCACGACGAUGCCUCUUGAAAUAGGUAUGAAGAUAGCCUCGGUUGUUGCGAACAACACGGUCACGGCCACCCUCAGUCCGGUCGCCGACACUGCACGGGGCUUCGUCAGCGACCAAGUCACUCAAGUAUACCAGCCCGGCUUUAUAGCCCAAGAAGCCAUGACCACAGCCUAUGACUCCGAGGUGCAGACUCGCAUUGACAACAUGAACGAACAGUAUGACCAGGCUCGAGAUGGCUCGUACAGCCGGCUUGAGCAGGAUACAUACGAUGCCUUGGCUCGCCCAGAUAUCAUUGGAGACGACACAGGCCCAGCCGCGCCAUUUCCGGUGCGAUUUCACGGCAGAGUAGUCCCGGGAACUGGGAGGAGCAAGGCACUACUGAAUAUACCUACCGCCAACCUGACUGGAGUUCCUGAAGACAUUCUGUGGCGAUACAAAGGAGUCUUCUUUGGGUGGGCUGCGGUGAAUCUGGCCAACCGAGACAAGAAAUCGGCCAUGCCGAAAGAGGGAUCGGUAUCUGAGCAGUGGCACAAGGCAAUCAUCAUCAUCUCGCCCGAUCCGGCCAAGAGGAGGACGGUGGUGGACAAGAACACGGUUCGGGUCUACGUCAUGCAUGAUUUCCAGGCGGCUUCGCUCCUAGACGCCAAGUUGUCGCUAAUUAUGACAGGAUAUUUACGUGCAGCGCCAGAACUACCGCCAGGGCAAGAGCCGGACGUUGAUGCGCAACUGUUUGACUUUUACAAAGAUAUCGCCAUCACCACGGCAAGUCUGAGUCGACCGGCAUGGAGCGCCGAGGCCAUUUUGGAGGGGAUCAAAACAGCAGCCUCGAGUCGCUCGCUGACGGAACGCUAUGUUGAUUUGAGACAGAGCACGCAAAAGCAUCUCGAUCGAGUACCGUUGCAUAAGUUGGGGGUGCGGACCGAGGGGGCGGCGCUGAAGGACAGGUUGGUUGGACAAGGCGGCGUCUGGGUUCCACGACAACCACAAGGGUUGGCACAUGCUUCGACUGCUUGA